CUCGCUUCCACCAACAUCACCAUCUUGAAGCGGCAACAAACAAUCAAUCCAUCGCCAUGCGAAGCUGCCAGAUCGUCAUGGGCCCUGCUGGGACAGGAAAGUCCACGUACUGCAAGAACAUGCACGAGUUUUGCGCCGCGAGUGGGCGAUUGACGUAUGUGGUCAACCUGGACCCAGCGGCGGACCACUUUGAGUACCCUGUCGCGUUCGACAUUCGCGAUUUGAUCUCCCUCGAAGACGUGAUGGAAGAACUGGGGUACGGUCCCAACGGUGGGCUUGUCUAUUGCAUGGAGUACUUGAUUCAGAACCUCGACUGGCUGCAGGAUCUGCUGCUCGAGUACAGCGACGACGACUACUUCAUCUUUGAUUGCCCAGGUCAAAUCGAAUUGUAUUCGCAUUUGCCAGUGAUGAAGCAUCUGUGCACGGCGCUCCAAGAGUGGGGAUUCUCCAUUUGUGGGGUUUACUUGAUCGACUCGUUGUUCAUAUCCGACCCGGCCAAGUUCAUUUCGGGCAUUCUGUGCUCGUUGUCGGCCAUGGUUCAGCUCGAACUCCCGCACGUCAACGUACUCACGAAAUGCGACUUGGUGGACGAACAAGAGCUGGAAAAGUACCUGGACCCGUCCUCGGGGUAUUUGCUUGAGACGCUCUCGAGUGCCACCACCGACAAGUGGCAGCCCCUCAGUCGCGCCGUAUGCAAUGUCAUCAACGACUACAGCAUGGUCGCGUUUGUCCCGAUGAACAUUCAAGAUGAAGAAAGCAUUGAAAUGGUGCUGCAUCAUAUUGACCACGCCAUCAACUAUGGCGAAGACAUCGAGCCCAAGGAACCCAAGGACGAAAACUCGGACGACUAAAUCGCAUCCAUGUGAUCCUAAUCAAGCAAAACUAGACUGUUGGACACGGCCCAUCUCACUUGGCUGUGCUCUCUCUCAAUUUGGUCCCGAGAAUAGCAGAUAUAACUUCGAUUUGCACGUUUCAAUUGUGCAAAAGCGAGGGGGUUGCAUAAACGACCUCCCUAUAAUUACAUUCUGUAACGAAACGUGACAUCCUACAGGA